AUGAGUCUACAUCAAGCCGACGAUGACGAAGGGAUAGAGGCUUCUGGUCUACUGCCACAUUACCCUGGGGAUGACCCGCGACCGACAAGCAAGCGAGAGCUUGCAGGGUGGUAUUGUUAUGGCUGGGCGGCCGAGGUCUUUACCGUGUGUGCCAUGGGCUCAUUUCUCCCCAUCACGCUCGAACAGCUCGCGCGGGAUCGCGGCGUGCUUUUGUCAGAUCGAGCUACCCCUUGCACACCGACUUGGAACCCUGCAACGGAUGGGCUCGGCGGUCUAGAUGAGUAUCACAUUCAGGGACCCGACACGGGCCAAUGUAUUGUCACUAUUCUGGGUGCCGAAAUCAACACAGCAAGUUUCGCGAUGUAUACUUUUUCAUUGAGCGUCUUUGUCCAAGCCAUCCUGAUCAUCUCCAUGUCGGGCGCGGCCGACCACGGCAGUUAUCGCAAGCAAUUACUUGUCGCUUUUGCAUUCAUCGGCGCUUCUGCAACCAUGCUGUUCCUCGCUGUGAUUCCUCGAAUCUAUCUGGUUGGGGGGAUGCUUGCUAUCGUCGCCAACACUUGCUUCGGCGCAUCAUUUGUGCUUCUCAAUUCGUUCUUGCCAGUCCUCGUCCGUCAUCAUCCCUUGGUUUUGGAAAGGACCCAGGCUGUUCAAGAUGCUUUGGACGCCGCUGGGCAGAUUGGGGAGAAUUCCGGCAUGGUCGAGGGUGAUAUACUGCGACCACCAGACAUCACCACACCCCUGCUGGAUCCCGAGGGCUCGACAGAACUACAAGACCCGCUGGACAUUAUGACCUCUGUCGAGCUUCAGGUAUCCACCAAAAUCUCAUCGCACGGCAUCGGAAUCGGCUACGUCGGUGCGGUGAUUCUGCAAAUGAUCGCCAUCAUGGUCGUGGUGGUGUUUCACCAAACAACCUUCUCCUUGCGGCUGGUGCUGUUCUUGAUUGGCUUAUGGUGGAUGCUUUUCACCAUUCCGGCGAGUCUGUGGCUACGUACACGCCCGGGACCACCGCUUUUAGCCAGCGACGGAAAGCCCCUCGACUCUUGGAACGCCUAUCUCCGAUACUCAUGGAAGUCUCUCGCCAAGACAGCCCUACGAGCUCGGCGUCUAAAGGAUAUCCUCAUCUUUCUGGCGGCAUGGUUCUUGCUCAGCGACGGCAUCGCUACGGUGAGCGGGACGGCGGUUCUAUUCGCCAAAACCGAGCUUGACAUGAAGCCGGCCGCACUUGGUCUGAUCAACGUGAUCGUGAUGGCGGCAGGAGUCUUUGGGGCAUUCUCGUGGAGGUUUAUGUCUGGAUUACUUGGGCUGCGAACCUCGCAGACGAUCAUUGCUUGCAUUAUACUGUUCGAAAUCAUCCCCCUCUACGGAAUUCUUGGAUUUCUCCCUUCGGUCAAGCAACUGGGCUUCGGUCUGCAACAGCCGUGGGAGAUGUAUCCGCUGGGAGCGGUAUAUGGCUUGGUGAUGGGUGGAUUAUCGUCCUAUUGUCGCAGUUUCUUCGCGGAACUCAUUCCCCCGGGCUAUGAGGCAGCCUUUUACGCCUUGUAUGCGAUCACGGACAAAGGGUCGAGUAUCUUUGGCCCAGUCAUUGUCGGGCUGAUCACGGAUCGCUAUGGUCAGAUUCGUCCAGCUUUUAUCUUUCUGGCCGUCCUUAUCUUUUUACCGCUGCCUCUGAUGCUUCUGGUUGACGUGGACCGGGGCAAGCGGGAUGCGCUGGAGCUGGGUGCCGAGUUGGACCAUCUAUAUGAAACUGCAGGAUAUACCGAAAUCGAGCCGGUGACACCUGACUUGUAG